UAUGUGGUGUUUCUGGUCUUCCAAAGAACAAAGUUGGGGACUCGUAUGACGGGUACGUGAAUUUUUCCCACGUACCCGCUCCGGUACGCGGGUGUACCCUCACCGGCGUUUUCUGCAGCAGAGCCCUACCGCAACUAUCACCGGCGGCGACGACGACGGCCGGCGACCCACGGCGACGUCUAGUAGUCUCGGGCAUUAGCCAGAUUGUAGCAGGAAUGGUACCUCCCAAAGAGAUGAAUUUCAGGUGUAUCCACUGUGGCUUCCCUGUGGAAACUCUGUUCAUUCAGUACUCUCCUGGGAACAUCAGGCUGAUGAAAUGCGAAAAUUGUAGAUCAGUUGCUGAUGAGUACAUCGAGUGUGAAAUCAUGAUCCUUUUGAUCGAUCUUGUUUUGCAUAAAUCAAAGGCAUAUCACCACUUGUUAAACAAUUUUCCAAAGCUUAAUGGGGUUUACCUUGAGGGAUUGUUAUGGAAGUCUGCUCUGUCUUUCAUGUUGCUGGACGCAUACAGGCAGUUUGUAUUAUAUAGAAGUAACGAAAAAUGGGUUCCAACUCGAUGUUCAAGUUUCCCUUGGCUAUUUGGAAAGCUGCUAUUAAGUUCAUUCUUUGGGAUCCUUGUCUUUCUUUGCAUUCUAUAUCCUGCUUGCAAAUACUUACAGAAGUCACCCAGAAAAGCCAUUAGAUUCAAUCAAGUUCUGUUGGCAACACUUGUUUCAAGCUACUUCAAGAUUGUGUUGAUAGCCAUGAUGGUCUGGCAGUUUCCAGUAACUGCAAUAUUUAUCAUUGACAUGUUUGCUCUCUCUUCAAAUGCAGUGGCUUUGAAAGUAUUAAUGCAGAUAACCAUGGUGGAGAGUGUUGCAGCAUGUAUAAUUGCACAUUCGGCAAAAUUACUAGUUAACUACAUAGCGUUGUUGGCUAUUUGAGGAUUUACGAAGAAUCAGUAGCUAAUGUUUCUGGACAUCAUCUGAAUCUGAGGUCCCAGGGAUAUUCAAUUGAAGCUCUCACUCUCCAGGUGUGGUGGCUUGAUGGUCGUUGGAGUACCCAUGGCACGUAUCAUCGGUAUGUUGGGAGCUUAAGAUUGUCAAGCAGAUAUUGUCAAACUUGAAGCCGUUCAAGGAGAUUCCCACUUCCCCUGGAUUGUCUUCUGUUAUGGUGCAGUUUUAUGAUCUUUUAUGGGAAAACAAGUUGAGGCCUUGUCUUGUCUUGAAGAUGGAUGCUGCUGGCCUUAAACCUGAAAUCUGAGUUUAGUCGUCUGUCUGUUGUUUCCUGCUAUUUCUUCUUCGAAUUUUCCCUCCUGGUAUUCGUGUGUGGAUAUUGUGCUUGUGCAUUUGAGAAUGAGUGGAAGACUUCAAAUUUUCUUUUGGAGGCA